CGUACAUAUUAAUAUGCUUUUUACGAAAGUCAGAAUUAAAAAUGUAUUCAAGAAAAGACAUAUACUGUAUGAGAAAAGACAAUUAAACCUUAAAAAGAUAUUAUUAUUAUCAUUACAUUUUUUUAUUCAAUGAAUCUGAUUUGGUGGGCCCCCGGUCAAUCUAGGAGGGCCUGUACCACCCAGGCCCACCCAUGGUUUGGCCCCUGGUGUCAGAGGUGGUAAGAGUCAUGAUCUCCCGGAGUGAGAACACACACACACACAUACACCUACAGUGUGUGUGUGUGUGUGUGUGUGUGUGUGUGUGUGUGUGUGUGUGUGUGUGUGUGUGUGUGUGUGUGUGUGUGUGUGUGUGAGUGAGUGUGUGUGUGUGUGUGUGUGUGUGUGAGUGAGUGUAUGUUUAUGUACAUGCCUGUGUCUAAACUACACACCCUAAAAAGUUUUGCCAAGUUUUUCUGUGAGUUUUUGUUUGUUGACGUCCUUGACUGUGUGUCUUUGUGUGUCCUCACGCACGGCUGUGAGCCUAGAGGUGCUAGCGGUGACCGUGCCUGCUGAGCAAUCGUCGUGAUCCCCCCCAUCCUUUGGGUCAUUACAUUUCCUCCACAACGAAGUUAGGCUGGUUAUGUAGUGAGGGUGGGCUCCCUCUCUCUCUCUCUCUCUCUCUCUCUCUCUCUCUCUCUCUCUCGUUCUCUCUCUCUCUCUCUCUCUCUCUCUCUCUCUCUCUCUCUCUCUCUCUCUCUCUCUCUCUUUCUCUCCCUCUCUCUCUCUCUCUCUCUCUCUCUCUCUCUCUCUCUCUCUCUCUCUCUCUCUCUCUCUCUCUCUCUCUCUCUCUCCCCUCUCUCCCCCUCUCUCUCUCUCUCUCUCCCUCUGUCGCCCCCUCUCUCCCUGGGGCCCUAUGUUGAUUGGCUAGAUGAGGGCAGCCUGGGAGAGGAGGGGAGCCGUGCUUGAGGAUCCACAGGCGCUGCGAGGCGGGGAAACGCUUGGGUCAACAGGGAGUUCCUCACGGAGGAGAGACACAUCCCACCCCUCGUGCAGCGCCAGUGGGAUUCAUCCGAGAGUCUCCAACCAACAGCACCUUCUCAGAGACCAUGACUUGGGACGGACGUACCGGCCGGCAGACGCACGGAAGUGAAGUUAAGUGGAACCCUACUGGAGGAUGGCUCUUGGACAACGUCCCCUGCUGAGGGCUGGAAGGGAAGAGGAGGAGGAUUACGAGGAAGACUGACCUCAAACGAAAGGGCUUGACGAGGAACUCUUCCUCUUGCACACCAGAGGCGUGUGGAGAUCGAGUUGUGUUUCCCCCGAUCGUGUUGAGAAAGUCGUCAUCGAGGAGGCACCGUAAGGUGCGGAGCGUCGGGAACAGGAUGGAGCUCGAGUGAGGACGUUGAGGCGGACGAAAGGUGUCGCUCGGCAAAGGGAGGAGAAGACGCGACAACCGCGAGGAUUCAGAGAACCUCACGAGGAACCAAAGUGACCACCGCCACCAGGCCGAUGCUGCUGCCGCUGCCCUCCCCCGGCAGGAGGUCGUGGAGGGGGGCUCCGGGGGGGGACGCUCUGCUGCUGCUGACCCUCCUCGGCUUGCUCUGCAGCCCACAGGUGGAGGGUUCUGUACUGGAGGGUUUGGUUGCCAAACGGACUCAAUAUUUCGAAAACUGCAUCAAAACUCUCGAAACGAUUCCAAAAACUGGAAUCUGCAACGGCAGCUUUGACAUGUUUGUGUGUUGGCCCCAUUCUCCAGCCGGGAAGGUUUCUGUCCCGUGUCCCUCUUACCUACCGUGGAUCAAUAAUGACAGCUCCAGGAGUGUGCACCGGGAGUGUCUGGAGGACGGGAGCUGGCGUCGGAAGGAGAACUCCUCGGACCUCUGGAGGGACCAGUCCGAGUGCCAGGAGACAAACCCUUACAAAGAGGAGGCAGAUAUGGUGCCCCUUCAUAGUGCCCUCAGAGUGGUGUCCCUUGUGGGCUACUCCCUCUCCCUCUGCUCCCUCUCCCUGGCUACCCUCCUCAUGGCCUUGUUCAGGAAGCUGCACUGCACCAGGAACUACAUCCACAUGAACCUGUUUGGCUCCUUCAUCCUGAGAGCCCUGUCCGUCAUCCUGAAGGAGCUGCUCUUGCACAUGCUGUACAACAGGACGUUCACCGACGACGCAGGCUGGAAUUCCUACUACAACUCUGCGACGGCGGUGAUGUGCAGGGUGGCCCGGGUGGCCAUGGAGUACUUUGUGGCGUGUAACUACUUCUGGCUGCUGGUGGAGGCCAUCUUCCUUCACACACUCCUCUUCACCGCCGUCCUCACCAAGAGACGCCUGCUGAAGAGAUACAUGUUCCUGGGAUGGGUGACUCCAGUGUUGUUCGUGACGCCAUGGACCGCGAUCAAGAUUCAGUACGAGAACAGAGGAUGUUGGGGUGAAAAUAAGAAUCCAGGGUUCUGGUGGAUUAUCCAGGGCCCGAUUACGCUCGCUAUACUGAUCAUUUUCUUGAUCUUCAUCAAGAUCCUGAUGCUGCUCCUGUCCAAGCUUAAAGCAGAUCAGGGGAAGUUCACAGACUACAGAUACAGCUUGCUGCGCGCUACGCUGAUCCUGUUUGCUCUGCUGGGCAUCCACGAGGUGGUGUUCACCGUGCUGCAUGCGGAGUGCUUGGAUGGGAGCGCUCGCUACGCUAGGAACUUCAUCAAUCUCACGCUCUGCUCCUUCCAGGGGUUUGUGGUUGCUGUGUUGUACUGCUUCGCCAAUGGAGAGGUCCAAGCAGAGCUGAAGAAACGCUGGCAGCUCUUCCUCUUCACCAACCGCUUCCAGUUCAGGAGCUGCCUCCGGGCCACGCCCCUCAAGCACCUGUGGAAGUGCUCCAGGGGGCGCGGCCCGCACCACUCCCAGCAGCAGAGCGAAUCGUGCGACGAGGGGGGCGGGGCUUCCACCUCCACCACCACCACGUCCAUAAACCCCCACCUGCUGCAGGUGGCCGUCCACGGCGGCUGCGGGUCCCCCUCGUCCUUAGAGGGCGAGGUCAAAGGUCAGAGGGCGCACAGGUUAAGCUGCAAGAGGCCGUCCAGCAGCGACGUAGAGAUGACCCAGGGAGAGACACUGGAGGAGAUUAUGGAGGAGGAGGUGGCGUUCUGAAGCCUCCGUCACCGUCUUUGUACAGCCAACACCGCCCGUAUAGACACAUCACCGCAUCCUGAUGGAGGUCGUCAUGAGUUCCCGUUGCGUUUCUCUCCGCUGGUCGGUCUGGCCUAGAGCCCCACUGGAAGGAUCUCUGAAAACGAUCCCGACACUGAGGAUGAUGGACUCAUCAGGGCUAGGGGAGCAUCGGUUCAUGAGGAAGCGAGGAGUAGCGCCGUUUGCAAAAUUUUCCAAAACAAUGGCGCUGGCCGAGGACAGGGAGGAUGGAGCGAAUGACGAUGUUUAAAGAUGAGCGUCCAUUUGCACGGAAGGCUUCUCUCAGAGGAGGAAAACAGUAGGUGCGUUUCCAUCCCCCUGAUUUAAUGUGAACUUUGAAGUAUUGAUUCAGUAAACGGUGAUGGAAACACCAAAAUUCGCAUCAAAACCCUCUAAUUCGCAAAAAAGUUUAUUCACUCGCUUGAGGUGGUUUUUGAAAAAUGCGAAACAGAGUAAAUUCGCAAAAUGGGAGAUGGAAACACAUUUUGCGAAUCAGCUGUGACGUAGCGAACUUUGAACACACAGGACUGACAGUCUUUCCAAUUUCCGCAUAACGACCGGCCAUAGCAACCCUGCCGACAUCAACGUGUAACGUCCUCACCCUAUUCCGCUCCAACCACUUGAUGGAAACGCACCUAAUUCGAAUUACUUUUUUGCGAACUUUAUAAAGAUUCGCAUCACCUCUUAGAUGGAAACGCAGCUAAUGAUACAUUCCUACUAAUAGCAGAAACCCUUCGUGUUGUGUCCGAACCUCCAGCGGGACAAAUGAAUGGAAAGAUGUUAAAGUGUCUAUUAUCGCUUAAUAUAUGUCUUGCAAUGUGAAGCCAGUCAAAAAUAAUAAUCUGUACAUCAAUAGAUAUGGAUUGAUCAUAUAUGAAUACAAUGUAUUUGUCUUUUUUGGAAAAUUGUGAAUAUGUAAAAACAAUUAAUAUAAGUACAGAAUAUGUGUUGCAAAUGUCACAUGCUUAUGUAUAUUUUAUACGUAUAUAUGUAUGGAUGUGUGUUUGUGUGUAUAUUGAAGGCAUUUUGUGAAGAAGUUAGACGAUAUCUUGUAUCAUUGAUUUGUAUUUCCAGUUAUGUCCUGUGUAGCUUACGGCAAAAACCAACCUUGUCUGGGAUGUAUCAAUGUGCAAAAAUCAAAUAAAAGAACCAUGUCAGUUGCUACCAAGAACCAUAACUGUCUAACAAUAAAGCAUUUACAGGCAUUUAAUCCAA